AUGGCCGAGCGGUACGAAUUCUGGCAAAGAACAUAUGUUGGCUCACGGUCUUACAUAAUGCCAUGGAUAGCUUGUUUUUUUUUUCUUGCGUGCAAUAGGUUGCGGGGUCGAGUCGACUUUUUGUUUUGUUUUGAGCCACAGGGAUUUACUGUUAUUUUUGUCAUUUUCUAUCUAACCAUUUUCUUGGGUCAGUUAUUCAUGCUCUUGAUGCAUGUCAGUAAGCUUGUUGUGGUGGGGAGAGGCCCAGUACAGCACACAUCAUCACACCGGACUUGUACUGUUGACUCCUAUUGCCUGGGUGACAUGACUUUGGGGUUACACGACAUGGGAGACCUACCCCAUCGUCGUCGUCGUCGUUGUCAUCGUAUCGUUUGA